GUCACGGUCGAUUCGCAGAUCAUAGAUCCCGCCGCGUUGCUAUAAACUGAGGCUUCCAAUCCUAAUCCAAUCCCAAUACAAUGUGGACAGUGGACAGCAAGCGGCUGUAGAUUCGCUGAGCUAUAUUUACGACUUUCCCAUUUAUGUUUAGCCUUUGUGACUAAUAAAAUAUAACAAAGACUCGACCCCUCUCCCCCGGCAAUGCAAUUCCACAUCAUGAUAUUAACAUCACAGUAAGCAAAAAAUCUAGAUCAGCAAAUUGCAAUAUCAAAUUCUAUUGCGUUUGUUACUUCCUGUUGAAAAAUGAAGUGUAUAGGUGUCCUAGUUUUUAUUUUAUUAUCUGAGUAUGCUUGCUCGGAAGACUCUUCGGAAGAGUCUGAAGAUCUUGACAAACUAUGGGGAGAGUUUAAGGCUAGUUUCAACAAAACCUAUUCGGAUUAUCAUGACACCAGUAGGCGCCAAGCAUGGGAAGAAAAUUUGAUUAAAAUCAAAAAGCAUAAUGAAGAGGCAGAUAAAGGAAUACAUUCUUAUUAUAUCAGAGCGAAUCCACUCAGUGAUAUGACACAAGACAUAUACCUGCAGAAAAUGGCGAAGCUGACAAAAAGUACGCACAGAAAAGUAGAUUCGGAAAUUGUUGGUGAUAUCUAUGACAAAAUGAUGCAUAUUCCCGAAGAAAUGAAUUGGGUUGAUAAAGGAUUCAAGACGCCGGCUUACAACCAAAAAGACUGCGGGUCUUGCUACGCAUUCAGUAUCGCUCAUGCCAUUCAAGCGCAAAUAUUCAAACAAACUGAUAAGUUGAUACCUCUCAGCGAACAACAAAUUGUAGAUUGCAGCCUGUCAUAUGGAAACUAUGGCUGUGCUGGUGGAUCAUUGAGAAAUACCCUAAGGUAUUUGGAAAAAAUUGGUGGACUCAUGACGUAUAAUGACUACCCCUACGCUUCGAAGCAACAGAAAUGUCACUUUGACAAGCAUCGAACCAUAAUAAACAUAACGACAUGGGCAGUGUUGCCAGCUAGAGACGAAAGAGCUUUAGAAAUAGCUGUUGCAAACAUCGGGCCUAUAGCUGCAUCAAUAAAUGCUAGUCCUCACACUUCCAGCUAUAUCAGUAAGUACAGGACUACAAAAAAUCUAGUUUAUACACACAUGGAUAUCUAGUAAGAAUGUUCUGUUUCCAGUAGAGGCAUUUAUGAUGAUUUGAGUUGUUCAUCAAAUCACGUAAACCAUGCAAUGCUGAUCGUUGGCUACACAAGAGAAGCCUGGAUACUGAAGAACUGGUGGGGAAAACAUUGGGGUGAACAUGGAUACAUGAGAUUGAGAAGAAGUAGGAACAGAUGUGGAAUUGCAAAUUAUGCAGCAUAUGCUUUUGUAUAAAAGAUAAAGGUGUAUUAAUGAAAACUUCAUGUGUUGUUAUUUAUACCUAAAUAAGCUUCGACCUCUUCAUCAAAUAAGGCAUCUUCAAAAACGAUGGAGGUUCUUUGAAAAGGCUUUUUUUUUGCGAGUGUCCCUUCUACUGGUAUUCUUGUUUACAAUGACCACGCCCAAGGACGAAUAUCGUCGUUGACCACGCCCCUUUUCCGUUCGGGGCUCUGCCAACAAUGUCAACUGUCAACUCGAGUGUUGUCAUUAAACGUCAGUGAAGGAUGUUCGAGUGAUUCAAACAUCCGAAGAAACUCUUAAAAAACUUUUAUCAACCAAAAUAAAAAGCUAGAAAAUAACAUCUUAGCUAGAACCACUUCCUCAUCGUUGGUUUUUACUUGGCACCAUCAAACGUACUUUUCGUAUGUCAAUAAAGCGUACCCAAAAAUUCUUGGAGUUCCCAGUAAACCAAAUGUGUUGUGGUUUUUCAAGGCUGUUUUAAAAUUAAAUUAUUUGCAAUUCACCUGAUUAACACAGGUAGUGAGUUAUGAAAAAAUACGUGGAAAGAUACACAAGCACAUCUGUGAUACCUCAAUAUCAGAAUACAUAUACAUAAAG